AUGGCGGAAGCUGGAGGAGAUAUCGCGCCGGAGCCCGUCGAGCACCUAAACAUCAAAGUCACGGAUAAUCACAACGAAGUCUUCUUCAAGAUCAAGCGCACGACACAGCUGAAAAAGCUCAUGGAUGCUUUCUGUGACCGCCAGGGCAAACAACCAUCGACAGUCCGUUUUCUCUUCGACGGUACGCGGGUACGCCCAGAGGACUCUCCGGAGACUCUUGAUAUGCAAGACGGUGAUACCCUAGAAGUCCACCAAGAGCAAAUCGGGGGUUAG